ACUCUUAUGAGGAAACUUUUCUAAGAAUAGCUUAUGCAAUUAUGACCUAAUUUGAUUACAAAAAGAUAUUGACCAAUUCAGUACAAAUCAGAACUUUUUUAUCCUAGUUAUUGAGAAAUAUAUUAAAAUGUGUGAAAAGCAACUGAAGCUUCAAAUUGUGAUAGUAAUAUUAUGUGUAUUUUUAAAAGGAUUCCAAGCAGUUGAUGAUAGUCCCUUAUUCACGGUGACCAGAGCUCCUCGAUACUUCGGCAUUCUACAAGACCAUCGAGGUCAACCACUCUCAGUAGAAGUUUCUGAAGAAUACAUGGAUCAGGAUUACAUAGCUACUAACAGGAGACGACAUAGGAUUGAUUGGAAUAAGACUCCAUUGGAUAUGGAUGAUUUCGAUGAUGACGAAACAGAAGAAACUUUCGAUGAUAAAGACAAAGAUGUCAAACUACCCUCCAAAUUUAAUCUCCAAGCUGGUCCAGUUUGAUUUAGAAUUUAGUUCUUAAAGGAUUUUGUUACAAUGCAGAUUUAAUCUUC